AUGAAAGAGCGUACCUCCGUCAACCUCACACAAAAUCCAACAUCAAAAUGGACCACUGUAAACCAAACAAUGCAAGAUCAAAAAAUAGGUAUACUAUGUAUACAAGAAACUCACCUGACAAAUGAGCACGAAACACAAAUAGACACUUUAUUCUCCCGCUGCCUGAGAGUUCUGAACACAAGUGACCCACUGCGCCCCGGCAGCUCAGCCGGCAUUGCCUUCAUCCUGAAUAAAGAACUAACAAAUGCAUCAAACGCCAACAUGGAAAUAUUAAUACCCGGGCGAGCAGCUAUCCUAUCCCUAAAUUGGCACAACAAUGAAACAAUAAGGAUUCUGAACGUGUACACACCAAACAACGCAAACGAACACCACGACUUCUGGAACAAAAUAAAAACAGAAUGGUCAAGACUAAACAUCAGCGCCAUAGACUUCAUGUUAGGCGACUUCAAUCUCACCGAAAAUCCAAUCGACAGAGCCCCCACGAGACUAGAUAACAAACCUGCAAUAAAUGCCCUGAGAGAACUACAGACAGCGAUAAACGUACACAACACCUGGUGGAAUGAACACCCACACCACCGCCUAUUCACCUUCAGCAGCAACUGCCAAACACUGUCGCGACUCGAUAGAAUCUACACAUCAGAACAACACACUGAGAGCAUGCUCGACUGGAACAUGAAUGUAAGUCAAAUACCAUCAGACCACCAGAUGGUGUCAGUAAGAUUUGCCCCACCAGGCCUACCACACAUAGGCAGGGGAAGAUGGACAUGGCCCAUAGGUGUGAUGACGGAUAAGGACCUAAUCCAACAAAUCAUAAAAAUAGGAAACGAAAGUCAACAAGAGAUAGACGCACUAAGUCCAAGAAACAACGAAACAAACCCGCAAACCAUAUGGGAAUCCUUCAAAAAUAAAAUCACAGCAACAGCCAAAGAAACUACCAAGAAACAUCUAGCAAAGAUAAAUCAACGAAUCCGAGCGCUAACAAAAGACUUACAAAGAACCUCCAACUCAAAAGACAUAGACUCACCUAAAGAUACCAGGAUAAACAGAGUGAUAAUAGAACAAGAAAUUGACCACCUACAAAAAAACAAAAUAAGCAAGCGCAACUAA